AUUUCAAUUAUUUUUUCGAUUCUAAGCUCUAGUAUCAUCACGCGUAGUAUAUUUAUUCUAUAGUUGGGUUUUAUCUGGCUUUCAUCAGAGCUUGACCUAGUGUUCGGAUUUGGACUUGAAAGUUCUACCUGGUGUUGGCUCUACAUAUCGUCGUGGAAUAAACAAACAUUCUGCCUUGAUAAAUACGACAUCAUGCCUACACAACUCGACCGGGCACUACAGUCGAAGGGUCUUUUCGUCGCAUUUACUGGCCUUGUGACAGCCGUUGCAGCAUGGUCCAUUUGGGGCAGUGAUAUAUUCCCAGCAGAAUCUGAUCCCAAAGGAAAUCCGGAGGAUUGGACCACAACUGAACUCAGAAGAUGGCUUGAAGCGAGGAAGCUUCACCCUGAUGCUCGAGCAACUCGAGAAGAGCUGAUUGAGAGGGUGAAAGCCAAUAUGCGAACGCCACCUCGACCUUGAGAUUCUUCUCUUCUAUUGUGGCUUGUUAGAAUUCAGCUUGUUGGAGCGCUUCGCGGCCGCUUUUCAACUUUUGCCACAUUGCGUGUGAACCGAAAAGCCAACCGGGUUUCAUGGCGUGGUAGAAACGGACAUUUCUUUGGCCCUAUUCAUUUUGCAAGCAUCAUUCCUUUGCGUUUUAGGGAGCGUGGGUAUAACACUGGAAAUCGGACGUCAAUCACCUAACACCCCAGCUUGUUGUUUACGGUGGCACACCCUCCUUGGGUUUAUAUAUCCAAUCUCACUUGCAGGAAUAUCAUACUGUAUAGCCUCGUUUUGAAGUAUUUUGUUGAAUAAUUGUUAUCAAAGGGUAUAUAUGUCUUGUUUCAAAGUAUAUCAAAUUUCAGACUUUUGGGACCAUUUCCGUUUCUUUUUAUACCCUUAAUAAAGAAACCCCACAACUCCAGUGCCAUCUAAACCUUUCGAAGAAAAAUGCAAUCGCUGAAAAUGCCAAUAAUCUCCUG